AUGGCAUCCAAUCUCUCAGAGCCUACUUCUAACAAACCUCUACCGCUGAAUGCUACCCAGACAGACUCGGACCAAUGUGAUGAAGACCCUAAUACGGUACCGAUUAUGUCUACAAUGACCGACUUUCUUCCUAGAUUACCCGCCGACAUCUCUUCCCUUAUUUUCUUUUACACUUGCCAGCCCUAUCCUGAUCCCUUUCUAGACCUAGACUCAAAUCCAAGAUGGGAGCGUCAGCUACACCCGCUGAAGCUAGGCCAGGUUUCCAGGUCUUGGCGUGGUUUUGUUUGGGGGUCAUCAGAGAUAUGGCAGACGAUAAUCGUAAAAGUCAGGGGUCCCAAUGAGAGGAUCAUAUCACAAGUCAAUCUUCUAAAGGAGUGGAUCUCUCGUGCAAAGGGCAGGCCACUAGAUAUAUAUCUUGAAGAAAACGAAUGCGACUCUUCCUCACUCACCAUUGAUCCCGUUGACCUGCUGCUAACUCUGCUGGUUCGGCAUGCUCAUCAGUGGAGGACGAUCAAGUUCCACCUGUCGAAGAAAAGAUACCAGUUUAUUUCUCUUUUGGGAACCAAAACUAAUACACGAAAGGACCGUAUGCGUCGCCUUGGACAAUCCAACGCCAGCUCAAGAAACGAUGCGCUCCACUCGGAAGAGCGCGUGAUUCCGUUGGACAACCUCCAAACAGCGUCUUUACAUGGCACAGGAAAAAAUGAUGAUUGGCGUGCCAAUCUACCUCUGGACCUCUCACAGGCGCCUUUGUUACGAGAGCUAACAUUCUCUUCCAUUAUAAUGAAAUCUGACAUGUUCCUCAACCUCUCUACCAAGGGUAUUACACAACUAACACUUUCCUUUGUUCUAAGAAUCGUUCCUCGGGAGCUCCUAGAUCAACUCCCAAAUCUUACUGAGCUUACCCUGUCAAAAUGCUCCGUAGUUCGCAAGCUGGAAUUCAAUGCCGCCUCGCGACCCAUAAUCCACGAAAGGCUCCGCGUUUUCAAUAUCGAAGUCGAAAGCGAUUUCCUUUUCAAUCUGCUCGUCCACCAGCUCUGCUUCCCGGCACUCGAGAAGAUAUAUAUCAUUAUCCCCGAAGUGUUCCAACACACCAAAUUCCUUCUGCCCUUCAUCAGACGUUCGGGAUGUAUACUCACCAGUCUGACCACAGAAUCAAUGUGCAACACCGAGGACUGUGACCUCAUCGAGUUCCUUUCUGCAGAUGUCAUCUCCCCGCUCAAGGAACUCCACAUCCUGGACUAUGACACCAUGGGAAUUGUAAAGAAACGGAAAAAAAUAAUCAGGAGAAAUAAAGUACAGGGCGCGUUUUCCGGCUUGAACGAUGCCUUCUUUGUCUACUUUCACCCAUAUCUAUUCCCCGAUUUCCUUCCGCGUCUUGAAGUGUUGGAAUACCGAGGCAUGUUGUCGGUGGACGACAUUGAUUUUCUAGAGCCGUUCAUGCUAAGGUCGCGCAUGAGGGAUCUUGACUCGGGCAAUGCAACAGAUGGUGACCCUAGACAUGAUAUAUCAAUUUUGAAGAGGGUCAGGAUACAGGCUGAGAAAGCCGCUGGAAUGAGUUUCUCGAUUGCUGAAUAUCAUGACCCACAGUAUGUAUGGGAGCUGAUUAGAAUGGUAGAGGUUGGAUUUAUCACCUUGCUUGAUUCUGAUGGCAUGGUGUGGGAGUGA